AUGCGAUCACCAGAACGCUUUCAGAAAGAUUCAAAUAACCAGCAUCAACCUCAGAAACCAAAUGAUAAAAACUUGUUCAAAUCAAACGUAUCCGAUUCACAAACGCCAUUCUAUCUUACAAAGCGCUUCACUUUUGCGACAUAUUUAACUGUGACUUUGUUAAUUUGCGGCAUUUGUCUUGCUGUUGUUGUAACUUUGUGGCUAACAUCAGCUAUCACAUCUACCUCAACAGUAGCGGCUCGUACUAUUAUAUACUCUCAGAAUUUUACCAAUGGACACACAGCAACGGCUCAGUGUACAGUGUGGACUAGUUUCGUUGCUCAGCUGAUACAGCAGCCCUACAUAUUAUUAACAAUGAGCGGUACAUUUGAUCCAAUUGGUGUGUCAGUCACUGAUCCUACUGUUAUAGCUAAUAUUUCAUUAGCUUUAAGAACGUCAACAGCCUAUGGGCCAGUGACGUCAAAUUCUAAUUCGUGGGCUGUUGGAUUAUGCGGAUCGUCAUAUGAAUUGAGUGCAAGUGGAACUAAGUGUAUGUGUAGAACUCCUGGGUAUUCCAUUCGACCAUGUCUUACUAAUCAAAACUAUGGUGGAGUAAAUACCACUACCUGCUCUGGACCAAAUCAAACAAUGACUGUCAUAUUUCAAUACUAA